AUGGUGCAAACAAUUCAAUACAACGAAGAAGGACUGGGCAUCUUCAAAUAUCCUCGCUAUAUAACAGAGAACAACAAUGGAGAUAUGGUGGUGUCUGAUACUUCUGGCGCUGUAGUGGUCACUGAUUGUGCAGGAAAAUUUCGUUUUGCUUACACAGGGUAUCCACAAGGAACAGCAUUAGAUCCACUCGGAGUGUCCACCGACGCAUUGUCAAACAUAUUGGUAUCCGAUUAUUACACUCGCACAAUACAUGUUAUUGAUAAAGACGAUCAAAAUAAACAUUGCGAUGCUGUAAUACAAAUGCAACAUGACGUCGUCGAUGGAACUUGUUCGAAAAAGCAGAUAUUUGCCCCAGCAUUACAGAACUAUUUCAUAGUGACAAACUUUAAACGCUGUUCCCAUUUAUCAUAUGGAAUAUCCGACUGCCUUUUAAUCAAUGUAGGAAACAAAUUCAUCAUUACAAGUACAUCAGGUGAAACUAUACACCAUAUUGACGGUUUACGCAGUGAUGCCCGUUCUGGAUCACACUCAAUGAACCUAUCUCGGGAAGAAUUGUUUUUUAUCGAGAAGGACUAUAACAUUGUCAAACUGUCAAAAUAUAAAGAGAAAACAAAAACAACUUUUAUCAAAUAUAUACAGGAAACCGAUUCUGCAUGGAGACCAUGGUGUCUUUACUGUUCUCAAAUAACUGAUGACGUUUUGGUCGGUAUGAAGAAAUUGGACAGAAUACAAGGCAAGGUUAUUCGGUACAACAACCUCGGGGAAGAAAUACAGGAAAUACAACACAACGAAAUUGGAAGCGAUAUAUACAAUACACCACGUUAUAUAACAGAAAACAUUAACGGGGAUGUCGUGGUGUCUGACUCGACAGGUGCUGUUGUUGUAACAGAUCGUGAAGGAAGACAUCGUUUUUCGUACAAAGGACACCCUCCUGAAUCAAAACUAGCUUCACUAGGAAUCUGCACUGACACUCUGUCACAUAUCUUGGUAUGUGAUGAGUUAACCCACGCAGUACAGAUGCUUGAUAAAGACGGACACUUCCUAUCCAAUCUGCUAAUUAAACCAUCAGGUAUAGUCUCACCUAGUUGCCUGUGUUAUGAUGUCAACGCAGACCUUCUCUGGGUAGGAUCAGACGUCAACUACUCGGUAUGUCUCUACAAGUAUAUAUCAAAACAGGACCUUCUUACCGAUGAGAAUCCAGAAUAUGAAGAUAAAUAUGAAGAGUGAUGUCUGGUUCAAGCAGACUUGUAAAGAAAUGAAAUUCUCUGGAGAAGGAC